AAGAAGAAGCUAAUUAAAGGGAAGGAAUUAUUGUUGAAGAUGGCUGCGGCUUCGGCGUCUUUCUUCGGAAUCAGAGAAGAAGAUCAAAACCAGAUGAAACAACAACAACCGCAUCAACAAUCUUCUACACCCACUUCAUCAACUGCUCCAACCACAGCACCUCAGAAGAAGAAGAGGAAUCUCCCAGGAACACCAAAUCCGGAUGCGGAAGUGAUAGCACUAUCUCCCAAGACUCUAAUGGCCACAAACCGAUUCAUAUGUGAGGUAUGCAACAAAGGGUUCCAAAGGGAGCAAAACUUACAGCUACACCGAAGAGGACAUAACCUACCUUGGAAACUAAGACAGAAGACAACAAAAGAGGUGAAGAGAAAGGUUUAUUUGUGUCCUGAGCCCACAUGUGUCCACCAUGACCCUUCAAGAGCUCUUGGAGACCUUACAGGUAUUAAGAAACAUUUCUGUAGAAAACAUGGAGAGAAGAAAUGGAAGUGUGAUAAGUGUUCUAAGAGAUAUGCUGUUCAAUCUGAUUGGAAAGCUCAUUCCAAAACUUGUGGCACUAGAGAAUACAGAUGUGAUUGUGGUACUCUCUUCUCAAGACGUGAUAGUUUCAUCACCCACAGGGCCUUCUGUGAUGCACUGGCUCAAGAGAGUGUAAGGCUACCCACCGGAUUAAACACCAUGGGAAGCCAUUUAUAUGGAAGCAACACAAUGGGCUUAGGUCUAUCUCAAGUGGGUUCUCAGAUUUCCUCAUUACAAGAUCAGAAUCACUCAUCAAGUGAUUUACUUCGACUUGGUGGCGCCGGAGGAACACAAUUCGAUCACCUCAUCUCGCCAUCAAAUCCAUCUUUGUCGUCUUUCCGUCCUCCACAAUCAACCCAUUCAUCAUCUCCCUUCUUCCUCACAGGGACUUCCAAUCAAGAUUUCCAUGAAGAACCCCAAUCCCACCAUGGGUUGUUACAAACUAAGCCCUUUCAUGGGCUAAUGCAAAUUCCUGAACUUCAAAGUAGCACAAACAAUUCCUCUUCUGCUGCAGCUGGAGCAGCUAAUAUCAAUAAUCCCUUCAACCUCAGCUUCUUUUCCAAUAACAGCAACAAUAACAACAAUGCCAACAAUUCUGGGUUACUAAUUCCUGAGCAGUUCAAUAAUGGAAAUGAAGGAGGAGAAGGAGCUUCCCUCUUUUCAGGUAACCUAAUGGGUGAUCAUAUUGGUACAAGUGUCUCUUCUCUGUACAGAAAUUCAGUACAAAAUGACACAGUUAUACCUCAAAUGUCUGCAACUGCAUUACUUCAAAAAGCUGCUCAAAUGGGUUCAACAACAAGCAGUACUGGCAGUGGUUCUUUACUUAGAAGCUUUGGUAGCUCUUCAUCAAGUGGUCCUAAAUCUGACAGGUCUCACUUGAUUGCUAAUUUUAGGGCUAAUUUUGGUGGAAGUGGUGGUGAAACCCUAAGAUCACAGUUAGAAAAUGAAAACCAUCUCCAAGACCUAAUGAAUUCUCUAGCUAAUGGUGGCUCCUCCAUUUUUGGACAUGAACAAGAAACAAGCUUCGGCGGAUUCAAUCCGAAUCGAAUGUCAUUAGAACAACAUCAUCAUAAUACAAAUUUUGGUAACAUGGAUGAACCAAAGUUGCAUCAGAAUCUCACAGUGAAUCUUGGAGGAUCUGAUAGGUUAACCAGGGAUUUCUUAGGUGUUGGAGGAAUGGUAAGGAACAUUGGAGGAGGUGGGCUUUCACAAAGAGAUCAACAACAUCAUGGUAUUGAUCAUAUCAGCUCCUUGGAUCCUGAAAUGAAAUCAGCCACAGGUCGAUUCGGAGGCGGAAAUUUGCAGUAAAGAUAAAUUGAGGAGUAAGAAAGAAAGGAUUUUAGGUAAGUAACUUAACAAACUUGGUUAAUUUGCUUUGGGGAGGAGGAGGAACUGUGA